UUUAAAAGGAUCCCAAGUGGGCAUAGAGAUAUACCAUCUAAUUAUCCCGGAUCGAGUGGUCCACUUCAAAUUCACUCCUCCCUCAACAUUUCAACCACACAGUCACACUCCCAGAUUCAGAUCCACACCAAUCUCAUUCAGUAACAAAUUAGGCGCCAAUUACAAUUCAGCAAUUCAUAGUUUGAUUCAAGGUAUCGAAUGGGGAUGACGACCACAGAUGAAAGAGCUGUUGCUGUGAUCAUGGUUGGUGGUCCCACCAAAGGUACUCGGUUCAGGCCAUUGUCACUCAAUAUUCCAAAGCCACUUUUCCCACUGGCAGGACAACCGAUGGUUCAUCAUCCGAUCUCUGCGUGUAAAAGGAUACCAAACCUAGUACAGAUCUAUCUUGUUGGUUUCUACGAGGAGCGUGAGUUUGCCUUAUACGUGUCUUCCAUAUCUAACGAGCUCAGAGUCCCUGUCAAAUACUUGAAAGAGGACAAGCCACAUGGGUCUGCUGGUGGACUUUACAAUUUUAGAGAUCUGAUCAUGGAAGAUAAUCCGUCACACAUCUUCUUGCUGAACUGUGAUGUUUGCUGCAGUUUCCCGUUACCUGAGAUGCUAGAGGCUCAUAAAAGAUAUGGUGGGAUGGGAACGAUCCUUGUAAUAAAGGUUUCCCCUGAUACAGCAUACCAAUUUGGGGAGCUGGUAGCUGAUGCUAACACCAAUGAAUUGCUGCAUUAUACUGAGAAACCUGAAACUUUUGUCAGUGACAGAAUAAAUUGUGGUGUUUACGUAUUUACACCAGAGAUUUUCACUGCUAUUCAGGGUGUUUCCACACAGCUAAAAGACAGAGCUAAUCUUAGGCGUCAAUCCAGCUUUGAAGCCCUACAGUCAGCAACAAGGAGUCUUCCUGCAGAGUAUGUAAGAUUAGAUCAAGAUAUAUUAUCACCGCUUGCAGGGAAGAAACAGUUGUACACAUAUGAAACUAUGGAUUUUUGGGAACAAAUAAAAACGCCUGGAAUGUCGUUGAAAUGUUCUGGCCUGUAUCUUUCCCUAUUUCGGUACACCUCACCUCGGCUUUUGACCGAAGGGGAUGGUACAAAAAGCGCCACCAUAAUUGGCGAUGUUUAUAUUCACCCGUCAGCAAAGGUUCAUCCAACUGCAAAGCUUGGUCCAAAUGUCUCGAUAUCUGCGAAUGCACGUGUAGGAGCUGGUGUGAGGUUGAUCAACUGUAUCAUUCUUGACGAUGUUGAAAUCAAGGAAAAUGCCGUUGUAAUUCACUCAAUUGUCGGCUGGAAAUGUUCAAUCGGGCGGUGGUCACGUGUCCAGGCUGAAGGAGAUCACAAUGCAAAGCUUGGAGUGACAAUUCUCGGUGAAGCUGUAAAUGUUGAAGAUGAAGUAGUGGUAAUCAAUUGCAUUGUUCUUCCUAACAAGACUCUUAAUGUUAGUGUUCAACAAGAGAUUAUCUUGUAACAAAGCAAGAUUUCACAUCAUUUCUCCAGCUUCUUGUUCCCAGCUGUAAUAAUAUAAUAAAGUUAGUAUGGAAUUUUUAUUCUUUUUAUUGUGUGAUCAUAUAAGGGUCAUUUGUAUUAUUUCAUAAAUUUGCAUCUAAUCUUGAAACUUUGUUUGGAUAUUGAUUUAUGCAAGCAUGACCGUUUUUUUUUU